AUGGCACCCAACUAUAAAACCGAGAUCAACCCUCAGUUUCCCUCGGGAACCUUGAGAUCUUCCGUGUAUCUCACACUUAAGGUUGUUUUAAAGCGCAUAAUUGUCUUGUAUUUAUAUAUAAGGCUAUAUUUUUCGAUCGUGGUGAGAUCACUGACAUGGUUGAUUCGCAGCCGUCCUCCGAAUGUAUCACGUUUUCAACGAGUAAGAUUGAGACUCAGAAAUUGGAGAUAUAGGCUAUUCAAUGCCAACGAAAUUGCUAGCAACCACGUAUCGGCACUAGUGUCGAUAUUUGACCACACUAUCACCGAGUCAAACCCGGUAAACGAGACCACAAAUUCAGUUCAAAAAUCUGUACAGCAACAAAACCAUUUCACUGCUCCAGCAGUUAUUCAAGCAGCAACAGAGCAAUUCCACUCAUUUGCCGAAAGAAGUUACUUGUCAUCUCCAGCACCGGAAAAGAGCCUCACCUCCAUAGGCUCCACCAUGGCCACCCCAACUAAACCCCCCACCAGAGCAGCAGCGGCCCCCACCAAACCAGUGUCCAAGAUAGUCAGUGUUGAAAUUCCCGGGCAUCGAAAGUUCAGGCUCCAGGUCUCCAACAAAGCUAGCUCUCGCGCUCUCGGUCAAAUCAAGACCUCAAUUGCUGGAUCGGACACCAACUACAUCAACGAAGUCACAGAAAGUAUUCGCAGUGUGUUCGCUCUCGAAAGCCACGACGAUGGUUCAUUGGCUCCCAUCAUUGUGAGACUAGCCUGGCACUGCUGUGCGACUUAUGACAAGGAAAGUGGUACUGGAGGCUCCAAUGGGUCCACAAUGAGAUUUUUACCCGAAAUGACAGAUGAAGGAAACUAUGGUCUCGACAUGGCCCGAGCAGCUCUUGAGCCCGUCAAGUUCAAAUUCCCCAGGAUAACCUAUUCGGACUUGUGGACACUAGCGGGAAAAGUUGCAAUUGAGCAUAUGGGUGGUCCUACCAUAAAGUGGAUUUGUGGGCGGGUAGAUUGUCCUACAGACUGGUAUGUUCCUCCAAACGGACGUCUACCAUUUGGAUCAAAAGAUGCCGACCACGUUCGAAAAACGUUUGAACGAAUGGGUUUCAACGAUAGAGAAGCUGUGGCAUUGAUUGGAUGUCAUGCUAUUGGGCGGUGCCAUAAAAGGCUCAGUGGUUGGGAAGGAAAGUGGACUCGCACACCCACGAUUUUUACCAAUGCUUUUUUCCGGGCAUUGCUCGAAGAAGAGUGGGUGUUGGACACAGUUCCAGAGACUGGCAGGCACCAGUUCUACAACCGAGACAAAAGCCUCAUGAUGCUAAAUACAGAUAUGGAAUUGUUGAGAGAUGAAGAAUUUCGCAGCCAUGUGGUUCGAUACGCAUAUGACGAAAAAUGCUUUUUUGACGAUUUUGCUGAUGCUUUCGCCAAACUACUAGAAUUGGGGAUAACCAGAGAUGCCCAUGGAAACGUACUUCUCCGCAACAUUUUACCGUUGGUUCCUAUUCCCGAGCGGCCUUAA